AUGGAACAAAGGCUCACUCCCAGGAAAGCUGAAGUACGUGAAAGGCCACAGAUUUCAUCAUCAGCACGAGAAAGGGCAGAAGCAGCAAAAGCGUUUAUUGAACAGAAAUAUUCCAAACUUAAACAAAUAGAAUCAGAAAAGCGCGAAGGGUGGGAUCAAUUAGCCCAAAAAAUGAACGAACUAAGCCUAUCAACGACUGAGCAAGAAAUAAUCCGACAAGAAAUCCUGCACAAAGAAGCAGAGCAGCUGAGACAGUCUCGAAAGCGGAUUUCAAUUUUUGAUUUUGAACCAAUUGCAAUAAUAGGAAGAGGCGCAUUUGGCGAGGUAAGGGUGGUUAGAAGCAAAUUGUCAGGUGAAAUAUUAGCUUUGAAAAAAAUGAAUAAGUCUGAAAUGGUCAGGAAAAAUCAAGUCCAACACGUCAGAGCUGAAAGAAAUGUCUUGGCCAAGGCAAAUAAUCCUUGGAUCGUUGAGCUGAAAUAUUCAUUUCAAGAUGACAAAUAUCUGUAUCUUGCUAUGGAAUAUCUUGCUGGUGGCGAUUUAAUGAAUAUUCUGAUAAAGAGAGACAUUUUGCCUCAAGAUGAAGCAAAAUUUUAUAUUGCGGAAAUGGUUUUAGCUGUUGAUUCUUGCCACAAAUUAAAUUAUAUUCAUAGAGAUUUAAAGCCUGACAAUGUAUUAAUUGAUAGUGCAGGACACAUAAAACUGUCUGAUUUUGGUCUGUGUAAACUGAGCGAAAUACAAACUGAUAACCCUUAUAGAAAUUUGCGUAAACUUGAAGAAGAUGCGAGAAAUAAACAGUAUAUAGAGAGGAAAAGCGAUUUUAGGAGAAACCGAGCACUAGCGUAUUCCACUGUAGGGACACCUGAUUAUAUAGCGCCGGAAGUGUUUGGAAAAGAAGGCUACACGGAAUCAAUAGAUUGGUGAAGUGUAGGAGUCAUUUUAUUUGAAAUGGUUGUUGGAUACCCUCCAUUUUUUUCCGACGAACCUUCUAUUACUUGCCAAAAAAUUCUUCAUUGGCAAAAAACACUUGUAAUUCCAAGAGAAGCAAAUUUGAGACAUUCUACAGUGGAUUUAAUUAGAAAACUUGUAUGUGAUGCAGAAAAUAGGCUAGGAAAUAGAGGAGUUGAAGAAAUAAAGACUCACCCAUUUUUCGCAGGAAUUGAUUGGGAAAGCAUAAGAAACACACGAGUUCCAUGGGUUCCUGAGGUAUUUUUCAUUUAGCUAAGAAACGAAUGAGACACAGCACACUUCGACAAUUUUGAAGAAACCGAGCCUUUCUACCCUCCAGAAGCUGCCAAAAAGCGAAAAUCCAAAAAGGACAACAACUUCAUCGGGUACACCUACAAAAAAGACGACGAAAACACCAGAACUAGCCUGGCAACAGCUCUACAAGAAUUAGAUGCAAUAAAAUACUCAAUGCCUAGCCCUAAAGUAAAUUCCCAGCCCCAAGUCCAAUCCAAAAGAUUUGUAAUAGACCCCGACGAAUUUUACUCCAGCAAGCCAUAUUAA